AUGGAUGAGUCGGCCCUGCUGGAUCUGCUGGAGUGCCCUGUGUGCCUGGAGCGGCUGGAUGCCUCUGCCAAGGUCUUACCUUGCCAGCACACGUUCUGUAAACGCUGUUUGCUGGGCAUCGUCGGUUCCCGGAAUGAACUCAGAUGUCCCGAGUGCCGGACUCUGGUUGGCUCGGGUGUGGAGCAGCUUCCAAGCAACAUCCUGCUGGUCAGACUUCUGGACGGCAUCAAGCAGCGGCCGUGGAAGCCCGGCCCUGUGGGGGGCAGUGGCACCAACUGCACCAGCGCCUUGAAGGCUCAGAGCAGUGCUGUGGCCACCUGCAGCCCCAAAGAUGGCCCGAGCUCACAGGGUGGCCCCCAGCCGCGGGCGCAAGCCUGGAGCCCCCCGGUGAGGGGAAUACCUCAGUUACCAUGUGCCAAAGCGUUAUACAACUACGAAGGCAAGGAGCCCGGGGACCUUAAGUUCAGCAAAGGCGACAUCAUUGUCCUGCGGCGACAGGUGGAUGAGAACUGGUGCCACGGCGAGGUUGGCGGGGUCCACGGCUUCUUCCCCACCAGCUUCGUGCAGAUCAUCAAGCCGUUACCUCAGCCCCCGCCCCAGUGCAAAGCACUUUAUGACUUUGAAGUUACAGACAAGGAAGCUGACAAAGACUGCCUUCCGUUUGCAAAGGACGACGUUCUAACUGUGAUCCGCAGAGUGGAUGAAAACUGGGCUGAAGGCAUGCUGGCAGACAAAAUAGGAAUAUUCCCAAUUUCAUAUGUUGAGUUUAACUCCGCAGCCAAGCAGCUGAUCGAGUGGGACCAACCCCCCGGGCCAGCGGUUGCGGCGGGCGAGGGCACCCCCGCCACCACCCCAAGCAGCACGGCCCCCAAACAGCCAGAUGGCAAGAAGAACACCAAGAAGCGGCACUCGUUCACCUCGCUGAGCAUGGCCAGCAAGGCGUCGCAGGCCGCCCAGCAGCGCCACUCCAUGGAGAUCAGCCCCCCGGUCCUCAUCAGCUCCAGCAACCCCGCAGCCGCGGCACGCAUCGGCGAGCUGGCCGGGCUCUCCUGCAGCGCGCCCUCUCAGGUUCACAUAAGUACCACCGGCCUGAUUGUGACCCCACCCCCCAGCAGCCCCGUGACCACCGGCCCCGCAUUCACGUUCCCGGCGGAGGCCCCUUACCCAGCCACCCUGGCAACUCUGAAUCCUCCUCUCCCCCCGCCCCCUCUCCAGGCGGCCACCCCCACGGGCACUGCUGUUGCUGCCGCCGCCGGGAUGGGCCCCAGGCCCGCAGCCGGACCCACUGACCAGACCACACACCCGCGGCCACAGCCCCGCCCCAGCGUGUAUGUUGCCAUUUAUCCUUACACUCCCCGGAAAGAGGACGAGCUGGAGCUGCGGAAGGGGGAGAUGUUUCUCGUGUUCGAGCGCUGCCAGGACGGCUGGUUCAAGGGGACAUCCAUGCACACCAGCAAGAUUGGGGUUUUUCCUGGCAAUUACGUCGCCCCCAUCACGAGGGCCAUGACCAGUGCUUCCCAAGGCAAAGUCCCCAUGUUGACGACCGGCCCAGCGAGUCGCGGGGGGGUCCCGGCCAACCCUCCCCCCGCAGGCGGACCUGCCCAGAAGUCCCCGGGGAACGGCGUGGCUGGCGGUCCCGGGGUCCCCACAGCCGUGGUGUCAGCAGCUCAUAUCCAGACAAGCCCCCAGGCUAAGGUCCUGCUGCACGUGUCUGGACAGAUGACCGUCAACCAGGCCCGGAGCGCUGCAAGGACAGUCUCGGCGCACAGCCAGGAGCGCCCCACGGCGGCCGUGACACCUAUCCAGGUUCAGAGCACCCCGGGGCAGCCCCACCACCCCCUGGCGUCGCCGCAGCCCCCUGCCCCACUGGGCCCCCCUGCCCACGCGGCUGCCAGCGGCCUGGGCCGGGUCGGAGGCCCCCUGGCCUGUGCCACAGCCCCAGCGAGCAUCCCCGCCGCCUCCCUGGAGCCUGAGCCCAGCGGCCGCCCCGCAACCCUGCUCCCGGGGACACCCACCUCCCCUGACAGCGGCUCGGCAGCCAGGCCAGACAAGGACGGCAAGAAAGAGAAAAAGGGGCUAUUGAAGCUGCUGUCCGGGGCCUCCACCAAGCGCAAGCCGCGGGGAUCACCGCCGGCCUCACCCACGCUGGAUGCCGAGCUGGGGGCCGAGCUGUCCUGCGGGCUCCCGGGCGCCCCCUGCGCCUGCCCCGGGCCCUGCGAUGCGGACGCCGUGGCCCCUGGCCCCCAGCGCAGGGCCUGCUCCCUGGACUCCGCCCCCGUGGCGCCACCUCCCCGGCAGCCCUGCUCAUCCCUGGGCCCCGCGGCCAGUGAGGUGCGGCCCGCCGUGUGUGAGAGACACCGGGUGGUGGUCUCCUACCCGCCGCAGAGCGAGGCAGAGCUGGAGCUCAAGGAGGGCGACAUCGUGUUCGUGCACAGGAAGCGGGAGGACGGCUGGUUCAAGGGCACGCUGCAGCGGAAUGGGAAGACGGGGCUCUUCCCCGGGAGCUUUGUGGAGAACAUCUGA